AUGGUCGCCAUAGGCAGCCUUUUGUUCUGCGACGCCUGUGGCUCGCUUCUGCCACGGACCGUUCCAGGAGAGCAUCAGGACGAUAUGGUCAAGUGCGACGACUGUUUCCAGUACACCAAGGACACCUCUUCCAAAGUCAUAACUUCAAAGUCCAAACCCAGUGCCUUCCCGUCUCCUCUACGGGCGAAACACUCCGAAGUACAAGCUAUCAAUGCCGACGAUUUGCAGGUCGAGGCUGUCAUCUCCAGGGAGUGUCCCGAUUGCCAUCGACCGGAAAUGUUCUAUCACACCAAGCAACUACGAAGCGCAGAUGAAGGCACAACUGUCUUCUACAGAUGCGAAUGCGGUUUCAAGGAUGUUCAGAACAAUUGA